AGAGAGGAAGUGACGAACUUCUUUCGCAAUCAAACGUCUCAGUGAUGGCACCUUCAGCGCCACAUGCCGAUAACAACAAUCAGGAUAACGCAAAGAAGGUCAAGCUAGAACAAAAUGUUGGAAGACCUUCCAGAGUCAUCCACAUUAGAAACAUCCCGUCUGACGUCAGUGAAGCCGAAAUCAUUCACUUAGGCUUGCCCUUCGGAAGAGUGACCAAUGUUCUGGUGCUCAAAGGCAAAAAUCAAGCUUUCCUCGAAAUGGGAGACGAAGCAUCAGCUACUAGCAUGGUUUCAUAUUAUGCUAGCUCUGUAGCCCAGCUUCGAGGAAGAUCCGUAUAUGUCCAGUAUUCAAAUCAUAAAGAGUUGAAGACUGACCAAACACACUCAAAUGCGGUAAGUGGUGCUACUACUUACGACGACGUUAAAAUUAUGAAUGCUUCGGCACAGGCGGCACUACAAGCGGCGCAAGUUCAUGCUUUGACGAACAACUCGGUGACCCCGACGGUCACAGCUCCUACAACCCCAGUAACAAAUGGUCAGGACAUACAGGGUGGACCAAACACGGUGCUCAGGGUUAUAAUUGAGCAUAUGAUCUAUCAUAUUACUUUGGAUACCUUGUAUUUGAUAUUCCAGCGUUGCGCAAGAGUUCUCAAAAUUGUCACCUUUACUAAGAACAAUUCCUUCCAAGCAUUAAUUCAAUUCCCGGACAAGGAAUCUGCACAGAACGCAAAACAUCACUUAGAUGGGCAGAGCAUUUACAGUAGCUGCUGCACCUUGCGUAUCGACUAUUCCAAAAUGGCCUCAUUAAACGUCAAAUAUAACAACGACAAGUCCAGGGACUACACGAACCCCAGCCUUCCCUCCGGAGAAGGUGAUCAAUUGGCUUUGGGCGGCUUGGCGGGCGGUCUGGCGGGAGGUUUGGCUGGCGGUUUGGCUGGCGGUCUUGGGCCGGAUCUUUUGUUGCUAGCCAACCAUCAGCCUAGAUUAGCAAGAGAACGAUUAGCAGGUGUGCUGAAUGGUCCGUUCGUGCAUGGCGUCGGUUCUCCCCUAGGUGGACCUUACGGAGCAGGCGUGGCGGGUACCAUUCCAGGAUUAGGCGGAUUCCCGACGCUCGGCCAAGCUGCGCCCGGUCUACGCGGCCUAACAAAUCCAGGUUUAGCUUUGGCAACGGUGUUGCUUGUCAGUAACUUGAACGAAGAGAUGGUCACGCCUGACGCUCUCUUUACACUAUUUGGGGUAUAUGGUGACGUGCAAAGGGUGAAGAUCCUCUAUAACAAAAAGGAUUCGGCUCUUGUACAAUUGGCGGAACCACAUCAAGCACAUCUUGCUAUUACCCACAUGGACAAACUGAAAGUAUUUGGCAAGCACAUCCGUGUAAUGCUAAGUAAACAUCAGUCCGUACAAAUGCCAAGAGAAGGACAACCAGAUGCCGGCCUAACGAAAGAUUACAGUCAGAGUCCAUUGCAUAGAUUCAAAAAGCCAGGCUCCAAAAACUACCAAAACAUCUACCCACCAUCCUCGACAUUACAUUUAAGUAACAUUCCUGGGUCUAUCAAUGAAGACGAUAUUAAAAAGGCCUUCACUGACAAUGGAUUUGUCGUCAAGGCAUUCAAGUUCUUCCCAAAAGACAAGAAAAUGGCGCUCAUCCAACUACCUAGCAUGGAAGAUGCCGUUGUCGCUCUAAUUAAAAUGCACAACUACCAACUAUCGGAAUCGAACCAUUUGAGAGUUUCAUUCUCGAAAUCGAGUAUAUAA